AUGCGUGGCUACGCGGUGGGAUAUCGGAGGACACCUGGGGCAUGCAGGUGGCUGCAGGAGGCUGGAUUUCUGGUGUCGUCAAGACCGGAUAAAAAGAUGGUAAAUAAAGUAUUAAAGGUCUUAAAGAUGGAGACAUCUGACUUGAGAAAUAUUGAUGGGACCGUCUGCCUAGCAGCUCCUGAGCAUGUAAAUGAAUGCAGCGGGGUGGCUGGAUGCCGGCACUCUCAGGGUCGGCUGCAGCAUCGCGAGGAGCGGGGUCUUCCCCCGUCGGGGGGCGGCCGAGGUGUACAGGCGUUACCGCUCGCAGGGCCGGGCCUGAGCACGACGCCACCGGAGGCUGCGCCGAGAGACCUCCCAGAGCGCGAUUUUGAAGAUGAUGAUGUGUAUGGCCAAUCAGUAGAAGAUGAUUAUUGCAUUUCUCCUUCAACAGCAGCUCAAUUUAUCUACUCCAGACGAGACAAACCAGCAACAUUUGCUGAGCCAUUAGAAGAAGAAUAUGGCUAUGAAGGUACAGAUGAUACUGCUGAUUAUUUUACAUCAAAUCAUCAGUUGACUGAAGUUGAUAGAGCCCGUCUUAAUUCAUGCCUUGAUCAAAUGAGAGAAGUUUUGGCAGAGUCUGUACCAGAGCAAACAAUGGUGCAAGCAGUACUGGAUAGUAAAUUUGAUGUACAGAAGGCUUUGGAUCUUGUGCUUUCACAAGGCAGUAAGCAAAAUGUGAAGACCAAGAAUGAGGACGCUGUGGUUGUAGGAAAGACGACGAAAGGAAAAACAAGGGAUUCCCAGUCAGCCAGAAUGGAAUCUGAAAUUGUGCCAAAAGUUACCAAAAUGACAGUGUCUGGAAAGAAACAGUCUAUGGGAUUUGAAGUUCCAUGUGUGAUUGCUGAAGAAAAUGGCCAUGCUAACACACCUCAGAAAGGACUGUUAACUGAAGAUGCCAGUGUAGCUUCUGGGGUACUUGAGGCAGUCUCACAAUCUACUCUUUCACCCCAAGUAGUGCAGGUUUCAGAAGAGCAGAAUACGGUGCCAACUCCACUAAAAAAGUCAAGCAAGACAAAACCACAAAUAGAUGUGAAAGCAGAGUUGGAGAAGAGACAAGGAGGAAAGCAACUGCUUAAUUUGGUGGUAAUAGGACAUGUUGAUGCAGGUAAAAGUACUUUAAUGGGUCAUCUGCUCUACCUUUUGGGAAAUGUGAACAAAAGAACUAUGCACAAAUACGAACAGGAAUCUAAGAAGGCUGGCAAAGCUUCAUUUGCCUAUGCAUGGGUCUUGGAUGAAACUGGUGAAGAAAGAGAAAGGGGAGUGACAAUGGAUGUGGGUAUGACCAAAUUCGAGACAAAGACUAAAGUAAUUACACUGAUGGAUGCUCCAGGCCACAAAGACUUCAUUCCAAAUAUGAUCACAGGAGCUGCACAGGCUGAUGUGGCUAUUUUGGUUGUGGAUGCUAGCAGAGGAGAGUUUGAAGCAGGGUUUGAGACGGGUGGACAAACUCGAGAACAUGGAUUAUUAGUGCGCUCUCUUGGAGUGACACAGCUAGCUGUUGCAGUCAAUAAAAUGGACCAGGUCAAUUGGCAACAGGAAAGAUUUCAGGAAAUUAUAAGUAAGCUCGGCCAAUUUCUUAAACAAGCUGGCUUUAAGGAAUCAGAUGUGGCUUAUAUCCCAACGAGUGGCCUUGGUGGUGAAAAUCUGGUCACAAGGGGUCAGUCAAGUGACCUCACGCAGUGGUAUAAAGGAAAGUGUUUGUUAGAGCAAAUUGAUUCUUUCAAGCCACCACAGAGAUCAGUGGAUAAACCAUUUAGGUUGUGUGUUGCUGAUGUUUUUAAAGACCAAGGAUCAGGAUUUUGUGUGACUGGUAAAAUAGAAGCAGGCUAUAUUCAAGUUGGAGAACGACUUCUGGCAAUGCCUCCCAAUGAAACUUGCACUGCAAAAGGAAUCGUACUGCAUGAUGAACCAGUUGAUUGGGCUGCAGCAGGAGAUCACGUUAGUCUCACUUUGACCGGCAUGGAUAUCAUCAAAAUCAAUGUUGGCUGUGUAUUUUGUGAUCCCAAGGAACCCAUUAAAGUUUGCACUCGUUUCAGAGCUCGGGUUCUCAUCUUCAAUAUUGAGGUUCCAAUCACUAAAGGAUUUCCUGUGCUUUUACACUAUCAAACCGUAAGUGAACCUGCUACUAUUAGAAGACUGUUGAGUGUCCUGCACAAAAGCACUGGUGAAGUGACAAAGAAAAAACCUAAGUUCUUGACUAAAGGACAGAAUGCUUUAAUAGAACUACAAACUCAAAGACCUGUUGCUCUAGAGUUGUAUAAAGAUUUUAAAGAGCUUGGGAGGUUUAUGUUACGUUACAGUGGUUCCACUAUUGCUGCAGGAGUUGUCACAGAGAUUAAAGAAUGACAGUGGUGCCAGAACUUCCACCGUCCAACCAAAAUGCAAUCAGAUAUCCAAACUUCUGUUUAAGAAUCCAGUUACUUCAGUUGAAGGAACAAGUGCAAUUAAUUGGGGAGAUGAUGAGUUAAAUCGUGUGAGACGUCUGGGGAGCCCUUCAUCAGUCUCUCCCACUGCAGAACAAGAUGCCAACUGACAAGGAACUGCUAAUAUUGCACUUCUCGAUCUCAAGAAUCUCAUGUGUUUCUCCAUGUGGAAUUUAGCCCUUAGAGAACUUGAUGGAAAAAUCUUAGAAAGUUGGAUUAGAGAAAGAUGAUGAAUCAUCAUGAAACAAACUCCUUACUUCCAGACAUAAAAUUGUUUACAUAUUUUCUUUGAUUUGCUUUUUUGCUGCACAUUAAUUCAGUAAAGUAACUUUAUUGGUCUAAUAUAUUUUUAGGUUUGAGUUGAAUGCAUAUUCAGGGGAAGGAAAGAACUAUUUACUUUGGUUUCAAGAGAAUGGCAUGUAGUAUUAUCCUGGGAUUGUUUUCCCUGUCCCAAAAUUUAUUUAAAAAAAGUUUUCCUUUGCUGUGUAGUGGAAGCUGUGCCAACAUUGGUUAAUUUUAUUUUUUAAACUGUAAGAAUAAUAAAAUAACUUUGUCUGAGCA